AUGCCAAAGUUGGCUGCAGUACAAAUGCCAUCGUUGUUAAAUUCUGUUCUCUUUCAAUACAUUUGUUAUGCUUCCUUCAUGGUAGAAAGGUAUGAAUGCGAGUCUGCUCAUGAGAUAACCGAAUACAAAUGUGAGUCUCGUGCGAUUGCUUCAGAAUUAUGGAGCUGGGCUCUUGAAAGGAAGCUUUUUUUCACAUUGUUUGUCGUUGUGAUGGGUUUGUUCUGCUUUCGAAUCGACUGUCUGCCUGAGUUGGCAUCAGGUACGCAUCAACAUGGUUUGGAAUCUGCUAAAAUCAACGCCACUCGUGCUUUCAUUGUUUUAAUGCGUUCAUGUCUGUUGGGACAUGAUACUACUACUUUGUUUCUAUUAAAUUUAAGAAUUACGGGAAUACAAAUAUGGCAGUCGAUAAGAUUUAUAUCCACAUUAUUUAACAAUUAUAAAGCAGUAAAAUUUAGCCAGGAAGAUGGUUAUUGUCCCUUUCGGUUGCACAUUUAUCCAACCUUUUCCCAAAAUUUUGAAACAAUAGCGCUAAAUGUUGAUUUCACCUACGAAAAUUUAGCAAAAGAUGCAUUAAAUCGAGUAAAAUUACUGGUCACUUCAAAUCCUCUUGGGUCGUGUAGUUUGCAGCUGAAACGACAUGGAACACCUACAGCAUACAGACAAGAAGGGUGUUUUUAUGCCUUUUGUAGUAUCAUAAUUUGCUUUUUAACAAUUUUAUUUUGUAAUUUCUACAGUGUAAAUCGCUUUAAAAACUUAAAGACAAGUUUGAAGUCUUCACUGGUUCAUCCUCCUAUAACAGAUGGCUAUCUUGCAUUAUCUUCUUCAGUUGGCAAAUAUUUAACUAAUUUGAAAUGUCAGGAGUGGAGUGUUGACUCAAUAGUAGAAGGCAAUUAUUCUGUGUUCGUAUCUAUAUUAUUCAAUAGCCAAGGUAUGGAAGGUUGUCGCCCGAAGAUGACUAUUUAA